GUGGCCGGGAAAUGGAUGACCCGUUCAGUAGGAGAGAAGAUAUUGAGGUACGUAUUAUGAAAUAUCUCUUUGUUUCCAUAAGGUUAUUUGUUAUGUUUUGACUAAAUACGUAAUGUCCGUCCACGCUCUUACAACGUCCCAUGGCCCAGAUCGUAAAGGUCACUAGCAUCAUGUUGUACGAUACGUUUAGUAAUUGAAGCUAUCCUGUAGUUAUGCUUUGUUCAAGAGAAAAGAAGUCAGAAUAUCCUAGCUAUCUUAUAGUUAUGCUUUGUUUAAGGGAAAAGAGACGAGAAUAUGUUAUUGGGUCCGUAUCAUCGAUAAGAUGCAACCCAGUUUAACCCAGCGCCAGAAUAACUUCCCCAACUUCUCCUACUCGCUUUUGGUCGUUCGCUGUCUUCAAGGGUUGGCUAAGAAUCUCUACUGGUUUCUCAGAGGCCUCUCAAAGAAAGGCUUUUUAAGCCAGGCUAACUCGUGGUCGUUGCUGUCGUAGUCUCCUUAUAAAACACGUCACACACGAUGCGUAUUUUAUUCAAGUCAUACCUAACCAGGAUACGAUAUGCUCAAUUUUGGACUGCAUAGUUAACAGCGGUGUCAUUCCAAAGCCUUCGAGCGAUCUCUGUCGACUUAAUAAUAGGCCAGAGGUUUCAGUGAUGUUUGAAACCAAUCAAUGAAAAUAUGCAUCUGCAUGCACUACUAGUGAAUGCCACAUAAAAUACGGCGUCUGCUCUUCGUUUUCGUCCCUUACCCCUCUUGCGCAAACGUAGGUCGUGCUGAUCUUAUAACUUCUCUUUGUAAUUUCUAAAAAAAUAAUUUUAUGUCUCCGUCCACUGGGAGAGUUUAUUAAACGAAUAAAUGACGUAAAUUGCGGCGUUAAGUCCAAAGAACAUUGAAUUAGUUAUUUCAUAAUAAACUGUGUUUAAUGUUCCCAGAUUUUCCUAGCCGAAAGGAUCCGGAAAUAUACCGACUGAUUGUUCCUUUUCCCUGGUAUUCGGCGAACGAGAGGAAAAAAGGCCUCUGCUCGCAGCGAAACCGACUGAUUUAGUUACUCUUUUUAUUUCAUUUCAUUCGUUAAGUCCAGUGUGAUGUUUGAUAAUGCUGCAGGGCAUGAACGAGGUCAAAAUUGUCCUCAUAACCGUUCGUACGUGAUGAAAACAAAUAAUUCGAAACCUGAGUGGACGGCUCAAGCUGAGAUAUACUUGACCUGAACCUAGCGACAUAGCUGCGGUGUGGCACGACAUUUUCGCGGGAGUUUCAUGUAUCGGAUCGGCGAUUUUUUGUCACGGUAUUUUGCGAGAACUAAUUUUUCUUGCUUGGAAUUUUAUUUUUGCUAUGCCCACGGAAUGUUAAGUAAUUAGAACACUUUCGUUCUUUUGAUCAACCUACAUGCACUCGAAGUACAAGAGAAACAACAUGCAGUGAUGUCUACAAGAGCUUACGUGUAAUAGGCUCCUGUGUAUAAAAACACGUAAAUCGGUGUCACUCUCUUACGAUUACAUCUAUUGGGGCUUAAGCUAUAUUGAAAAGAUCAGCAACAACUACUAACUACUGUCCAACAUCUGGUCUUAUUGCCUUAGCAAUUUCCUUUCACGCCAAUAUUACUGCUCUACACCUCAGCUGAGUAAAUUUGGAGGUUGAUUUUUUUUCGCGGGAGAUUUUUUGGAGGAUCGUGAGCGAAACCUUGAAUUAGAACCCACAAUUAGGUACUUAAAUACCAGGGCUAAUACAAUGUACCUUCUGUGUGCAAUAGAUCAUUUCAUGUACUUAUAUGGAUGCAGGAAUGGCAAAGUAAAGAAUUUGACGAUAUAUAAAGUGAAUUUUCCAUUCUUUUUCGUCAGCAUUUUAAUUAACUAGACAUGUGAGCAAAAUACAAAUUUGGUCUCCAGACACGUGGAGCGGUGCGCGAGCAUGCGUGAUUUUGUAAAUUGCGCAAGUCACGUCAAAAGCGUGAUUCGCGAUGAUUAAAAAAGCGCGCGUGGAGAUGAAACUGAUGAGAGACAUUUCUCUUCCUGAAUGAAUACUGUACCAAUAGUCGUUUGAACCCAUCGAGAAGGUUAGACACCUUAACGGCAUGCCUUUGCAAAGAAAUAGAAGUACAUUGGUAAGCCUUUUUUUUUUAGAGACAUGCAGAUUACCAUGUUUGCGGUGUUUAUAAAUGUGUAUCCUAAAGCAUGUAUUGUCAUAGUUCUCAGUUCCUAACAUUAGACUGCGACUCUUCUUUUGCAGUUUAUUUCUAUCCAUGUGCGUAAUCCCCGAACUCAUUUGGUUCACGGAUGGCCAGUGUAUUCUGACUAUGAGAUAGUAGUUCUGGUGAGUUCACUUUUAUUUCAGUUGAUAUGCCACCUUUCCCUGCAGUCUGGAGCUAUCAUUUGGAAGCUGGAUGAAAUCUCGAGUUGUAUGAAAGCUACAAGUAGUGAUAAUUAUUUUGCCCGCAAACAAACAGUGAACAAAGCGAUUUGGCAACUGAAUCUGACGACGAAAUCGUUCGAGUUUAUUUUAUUAAGUGUAAUUCAGUAUUCGAAUGAAGACUCUACAUGUUUCAGCGCAACUGGGUGCUAGUUUCUUUGGUACUGCCUCGAUCUUGAACUAACCUCCGAAAAAAUCUUCCGUAUAAGUCUGACAAAGCGAUUUGCAAGGCGAACUUGAUUGCUUAAAGGUGCGAAUGAUUUAUUUUUUCAUUUCAUUUCGGUUCCUGGCUGAAAGGAUCAUUUUUCCGUAUUUUCAUACUAUUUUUUUUAUUGCGAAUCAGGGAAAGCGGAAGAUUUACUAUUUUGGCUUUCACUUUCUUUUCCCGAAGGUAGGGAGGGAAAGAGGGGGUAACUACCAAGUUAGAAGUGAAACAGAUUGUUCGUCGAAAAUUUCGAAAUCACCCUUAAAAUGUGCAUAAAUCUCGUUUUGUGCGUAGCUCAAAUUUAUUUUAUAUUUCUUAAGAGGUCAUGAGAGGGAGAAAUUGCAAAACAAUAAAUUGGCUGUCAUCAUUGGCAAUUUAUUUUAAGAGUGAAAAAGACUACCAUUUCAAUAGCCUGCGAGCAGGCUCGCUUAUGCGAAUUCGGGGAAAAUUAUGUUCGCGGCAGAGUCGCCAUCCAGCGAGCCCUUGUGGGAGCCGCCAAAAAUGUUCCCCGAACUCAGAGAUGUGAGCCUGUUCAAUUGAGUAACGGAAAAGUUACCGUCACGCCUUGAUACACUCGAAAAGGUCCCAUUUAUUUGUCUAGUUAAAGACGUAUUGCUGACCUACGGCGUUCAUUUCUGUUGGCCAGAACGUCUUCAGAACCUCUCAGUUUGAUAGGUUUUUGUUGGCCCGAAGCUCUAUUGUUUCAGAGUUGUGGUUCAUUUAGGGUUUCAGCAGUGUCUAAGCGACAUCAAUCAUCAGAUUUUUUCUGGAAGUUACGAGGAGUGGAGGAGCAACUCUUUCAUUAUUUUAGGGGUUUUCCCCCAACCCCAACCAACUACCAGAACAAUUUUAUUACAAAAAUACAAUACACCACUGUGAAGGUUUUCAGUUGUUGGUUUGCCUGUAUUUUGACCCAUAUUAAUGUUCAAUUGAUCGUCCAAGUUUUAAAUUCCCAACGGGAAAAAUAAAGUGGAUCCGUCGCAAACUGAAUGACAAUUAUUAGUCCCCGCAAAAAACAAAACAAAACACAAAAAACAAAACAAAAAAAAGUCGCUAAUCCGCCAAAAAAAGUGCCGCGUGCAUGAGGGAUUUCGGAUUGUGUUAAAGAACAGAAUAGUCGCCAUAAACCCAUGUAAAUUAUAUGGCUUCGUUCUACGGGCAAGUAGUAGACGUGCGGAGGCAAAGCUGGACAAACAUUUGUUCAUUAAGUGGUAUGCUGUAGACAGCACUGUAAAUAGUCCAGAAGAGCCAAAAUAAAAGCGAAAGCGAAAAAAAGGUUAACAACAAAAGGGAAAAAAUAAGAGAGAAAAACAAAACGGGCAAGGACUGGGGAGACCUACCGCGUUCUGCCGUUUGCCCCCGCGCGUUUCAACACAUUUUUCUAUGCUUGAUCGUGUCUAACUUUUUAUAUUCUAUUAUUGCAGACUAACAGCACGAUCUUCGCUAAAGAGAGGUCACAAGUUAGAAGACGUUUCUCGGAGUUUGUGUGGCUGUGGAAACAGUUGUCUAGAAACAGCUCCCUUGGACUGUAAGUAGCAUUUUGUAGUAUGUCAGUACGUGCAGUUCUAGGGUUUUGGCCAGUUCCAACAGCUGGGGUAUAGACCGAGCCAUCACCGGAUCAUGCCUCAAAAGAGCGGUUACUAAAUCGUCCUUUGUUCGCGCCUAUGUUAGUCAACUCCGCACUAAACUAAGCGCUAAUCUCACACUAAUCUCACUACAUUAAUCUCGCUUCAGCGCGCGAUCGUGUCCUCAAAACCUUACUAGCGGAUAAAACUUAAAACCACGUUUUUAAGAAAAAAAAACUUAAUACAAGAAAUUUGUUGCUGGCUAACCUCUAGAAUGUCUGUCCCGGGGAAGAUACUACCACAUACUUCAGUCCGGUGAAUGUUUGUUGUAUACGUAAUUCAAAAAAACUUUCACUGAAAAAAAUUCUGUUCACGAAUGCUAGGCUAUUUUAUAAGCUUGAUUUUAAGUUUGGACUAAAUAGUUUCCGUACGGGAUGUCUUUAUGAGCAACCUUGGAAAGAAGUCAACUUUAUCUUGAAAAAUCUUGGCACGCGAACAUUGCGAGUGUUCUGCGCAGACAAGCGGAGUUUCUUUUAAAUUCUUUCUCUCCCAGUUGUUUUACGAAUCGGAAUUGAAGGAAAACUGGUCAUUAUUUCAGUUUGCAAAUACUGAAAAACAAAUUAUAGCGCCAUGUAAAAGUACUGCUGAAGAGGUUUUAUUUGAAUCGUCACACCACAAAAUUUUAUACACAGACUUAGCCUGCGUAGCAAGCGUUUCCGCGUGGUUUCGGAGCAAAAAAAGACCGAGGAACGGGAUUUGCCUCUCGUUAUUCUUUGCUCCGAAACCGCACGGAAACGCUGGCUACGCAGGCUACCACAGACUCGAAAGUUAGAACCACAUAUAGUACCAUGCGAAACUACUGCCUAACAGGUUUCAUUUGAAUGGUCACAUAGCAGGAUUUAGUUCACAUACCGAAAAGUUAGAAUAACAUUGUAUGUUUCCGUAAUUUACUGUGGGAUUGUGAAAAAGUUAUAAAUGAUCAUCAAGUGUUCCGGAAGUCGCAAAAGUUAUUGCGCGGAAAUUCUACCCCAGAAAAGCAACCAUCGGUGUGGGAUGCGUGCUCUCCUGUUUUGUUUUAUUGUUUUGUUUUUGGGUAUUGCUAUAUAGAUCCUCUUACGUAUUCUUGUGACGUCAUCAUCUUGCCCCCAAGAAAAUUUCCCCUCAACUUCAACAACAGGAAGUACUUCUUGAAACUUUCAUUCCCAAAAUGGCACCAGGGGGCUUUUUCUUUAGAAGUGUUUACGCACUCUUGUGUCAUAAUUCUCCAAGUUCUUUUGCAAAUACAAUACCUAACCCCUUCGAGUACUGUGGUUUAGCUCAAACGUCCUUAUCUGCGACACGCCUUAUAACAAAAGCGAACAAAAUAUUUUGAGCGGAUGCGGUUAGAACUAGGCAGAACUUGUUGUCUAACUUGAAGGAUGGGGUCACGAAGUCUAUGGAGCGUUUUAGGACCUGUUAAGAUACGUUCGCCGCCAAGACAGUAAAAAACGUCAACUUUUCGGUGAUUUCCAUUGAGUGGUAACAAUAGUUGCCUUAUAGAUUUUUUAGUCGGUCAACUGGCUCCUCUGCAGUAGCAAGAUUUCGAGAUAUUAGAAGAAACAAUCAAUCGCUGCUGAACAAACUGGUUCCGCUCACUUCCUGUUGAAGUUUUAUUUAACGACCACUUUCUGUUUUAGUUGUGGCUCUUGCUCGCCUCUAUUUUCUUCUGUAAAAAUCAUCCUCGCUCCACAAAAGACUGGCUAAUCCUGCUUUCAUGAGUAAGCAAAAAACAGCUGAUGUAUCAGCUGAUGAUCAAAUACAGGAGUCAAAUGAAAGUGUGUAACAAAUCCUUUUCUUAAUCCUUUUUCUAAACAGUAUCGGAACCUUUCAUAUACUGUACAAUACGCUUUCAGAUCAUUUUCGGCCCAACCAAGAUCUGAAACAUUAUUUUUUAGCUAUAAAUAAAAGAUAAAACGCAAACGCAGGCUUCAAGGUUUUGUUAUCAUGAAAUGAAUUUCAGAUUUAAGGCCUUUCAACAAUGUCUGGUUUUCUGUAUUGGACUUGUGGGAAAGUUAUUUUGCAACAACGCAAACAGCACUUAAGAAUUUGUAAAAUUGCCAAGUUUAUGUCCUCUCUUUUAUUUUUGGAGAAAAAAAAAAGUUACGUUGACUCAGGGAUUUUUCCCCAAAGUUAGAAAAAAUAUGACUGAUGCAUUCGAUUACUUGAUUGCUGAGGAAAGAUUGAUCGUCGAAUAGGAGCCAUCCCUUAAAACACGUCUGUGCGUGAGGGGAAGGGGGCUGACUAGACUUCAUUAGUUGCUUAGCAACACUGCCAGCUGUCAAUUUGAAUUUACAUAGCAGCCUCUACUGAUCCUUUGUUUUUACGGUUCAUUAAGAUAAAGUUGAGAGUUAAAAUUGUGCUGUAGCACGCGUAUUGUUACAAAACAGAAAAUGUUGGUUGCCCUUGUACAGUGCAAGAUUAACCCGGUUAGACAAGUCAGAUAAAAUGCAAAGUCAAAGCCAGCAAAUGUGAAUUUCCUUAUUCACAGUUGCUAUAUAAAAAUCUUCCGCGUUCAUUAACGCAUGUGGGUCGCUUUUCGCUUGCAGUAAGCUGCCCUCCUUACCUACCCAGAACAGAAUUUUUGGGCGAUUUAGUCAGAGGUUUAUAGAAGAACGACGAAACGGCCUGCAAGAAGCAUUAGCUGGGUAAGUUAAUUAGUUAACUUUUUAAAGGUAUUCUGAAAAGAAUUUCAAUUAAUUUCAUUGUUGUUGUAUGUGAUCGAAGUGGCUGAAUUUGUAAGUGAUUUUAAAACGCCUUUGUCUCGCAGUGUUCACGUUGACAUCGACAAAGUUGGCGAAUAGUUUGUAUCCGCUAUAAUGAGCAUACACUUUUAAACUAUAUUCUUUUGUAUAGGAAAUCUUGUUGAUCAUCGAUCUCUCACUUUACACUCAGGUUUUCCAGCUCGAAUUUUAUAGAGAUGUUCUUCUCUAUGCAGUACUUUGUAAUCUGUAAUUUAGCCUCGAGGAUUGAACCACCGCCUUCGAACCACCCUAGAAAAGCCCCCUUCGCCAUUUCCUUAACACAGAUCUCCAAUCCAGCCCUGUUGACAAGAAUCCAUGAAACACUGAUCACCGGAAACAAACAACAGUUUAGAAUUUAAAUUUUUUGUUCAAUUAAACAAAACGUGUACAAGCUCACGGUACAUGUCCCAGAAUUAAAUCUGCCUAGGGAUCAGUUUUCACUGAAAUGAACUGAACUUGAACGCUGAACAUACUAAAAAAGGCUCGCGGCGUUAAAAGUUACGUCAAUGUUAAAGAAGUGUUCGAAACGAGGGGUUUUGUGAAAUUAUUUACUUUGAAAUACAGGACAAAAUAACACCGGAACAACGACAUCCUUUAUUUGCUUGGCCCAUUUGAACACGAUGGAUAAAAUCUUUUUAUCAUUGAUGAUACUUGUUUUGUUCUGCUAAAGAAUAGUAAUUCAAGCAGUAAGUUGUUAGAGACUUUCGCGUUAAACAAGUUGAUGCCGAGGAAACACAUGAUCGCUUUUUAAGCCCCUUGUUACGGAAAAGUCAGUUCCUAAAGCCUGUCACGUUAAAUUCAUUUGUAAAUUCCAAAUUUAUGUAAAAAGUCUAAUUGUUUGAGUAGCCCAUAUUUGGAUGUAUUACUAAAUGAUGCAAUAAGGCAAGGUUUUUACAAUUCAUUGGUUAUUCAUUUACCACGUGAACAACUUUCACUGAAUCUAGUCUGAAUAUAAACAGUCCAAAGAUCGCUUCACAAACUUAAAAUGUCUAUAAUCUUGUCUUUGUCUUUUUAUCACAUAUGCAAUAUCGGUGACUGGUGCCAAAGGGGCUAUUUUUAACAGAGAAAAACGUGACCCACGUUUUAAAGGCGAUAUCACGCUAAUAAAGCUUCCGAGAUCGUUUUGCCCUAUGCACUUUUACCUGGCUGCCCGCACGAUUGAUGGAUUCUACAAAGGGGGCCCCUCGAAGCGCUUAAAACGCGUUUUUAGCGUACAAUUAAGAAUAGAUGAAUGACAAUGUCUAGCCCUAAGAACAAUGUUUAUAUGCGAAGAUGCAAAACGUCCGUCUAGGUACACGUACAAUUAUGAUCUAGCGCUAAGCCAAUCAAAAUUAAACUCUUGAAAAUUGCUAUCCACUGAUUUGGUAAAUACUAAACUCAAAUAGUUACCUUCAUUUCCGAUAAUAUCUUAAUUGGUUGUCUCAUUUUUGUUUUGGCUGUUUGUAGUAUUUAUUACCUGGGUGUCUCAGGUUCUGUGCGCAAACGUUUUGCCUCGUGAAUUUUAGCGUUUAAUUUUUGCAUGCAUCUAAUCUGUUUGCAGCCUCUUCCAGGCGUUCAGUUUGUGGGGACGGCGCAGAGAGGUGUGAGCAGGAAAAAAACGAAGCUCUGGCUCUCUGCCUUCGCGUCGCACUACCCUAUUAGCCCCCUAGGGGAGGGAGGGUCUGUACACAGGCUAUCCACUAUCUGAACGCCUGAAACAGGCAAACCAUUUUGCGAUUUUUCGAGUAAUGUUCUUGUUUUGCUUUUCUUAUCUAGUCUUACAAGAAUCACAGCGAUCCUAGCGGAUGCAGUGUUCCAUCUGUUCAUUCAAAGCGACCUCACAGUGAAAGAAAUGGAAAACUUCAUUUCUGGAAAGGACAGUCGCGAUCUGCAUGAUAUUAUCGCUCCACUCGCUGCUGAACAGCAGUACCGUGAUAGCAAGGGCAGAAGAUGCACAUGUCAUUCUACAGGGGACAGCGGUUUUUCUGGAAGUAUACAACCUGAUGAUAUCGAUCAAGACGGAAGGGGAUUGCUUGAUGGUACGCUUGACAUUUGCUACUCUCUUCUUUUUGAAAACUAUGAAACUUCGUUCCAGGGGUCCUCUCGCUCCGGCCGGGGGGCGAGCAGAAGACCUGGGAACAAGAUAUUCAUGUGAAACUUCAUAUGACUGGCUCAAAUCUCGUUGAAGUCCUGAAUUUUUUACAGGCUUCUUACGCAAUUGCAUAAAUUGCGUUCACAACUGCUAAGAUCAUUCUUCAUUUAAUUAAAUGAUUUUCUUGCACAAUUGAUAUAAUGAAUAAUAGUUAUAGUAAAAUUAUGAUGUAAUAAGAUGCAUAUGAAAAAAUAAUCCACUUGCGGAAAGGCGCACAUUUUGCCUUCAUCGCGUGCAUCACUGUGUUAUAAUAGAGAGGUUUAGAUUCAUUUUUACUGCAAAAGUGAAACGGGAUGUUUUGCCAUGUCAGAUAAAAACUGUCCAAAAUAUGGAUCUCGUAUGGAUUAACUUGACAUGAAACUACGUAUUUUUGAAUGGAUGUAUUAAAAAGUAGACAACAAGUUAAAGGAAAAGUGGUCACGUGGUACAAACUGAUUGCCAUUACCUUAAGCUUGAUUCUGAAUCCUUCUACAGAGUUGAACCUCCACUAACGACCACCUCUCCACGAUUGCUACCCCGUCUUUUUUUGGCUGACAGUCCAUGUAUUGACUCUUGUUUAAACCUCUCUACAACGGGCACUUUCUUCUGUCCCCAUAAGUCACAGCUAAGGGGAAGAGUGGCUGAUAUGACAAUGCGCAUGCCUUACUGCUGAGUUUGGUAAUGUGAGCUUCUUAACAGUGGUAACAUAACAGCAGUGAAACUUGUAGUGGUGUUCUAGCCUGGGAGCAAGCUCUCCAUGUCGAGUAGCGAUUCGCGUCUCCUUUCGUGUUCCAUUCACGCGUGAAUUCUCACGAAAUCCCGCCCAAAAUGGAUCGCUCGCUCGCAGGCUAUGGUUUUCGAGCUAAUUUUCUUAUCCAAGGAGCGUAUGAAAUGUGUAGUAAACCUAAAUAGCUCCUGGAGAUUCGGGGUUUUUGUGGCAACAGAGAAAUUGGGAAAGGUCAAUGUUAAAAUUAACGCCCGACCAUCCAAGGUUGAACCAUCUCUUUUGAUUUCAAAAGUCAGGUAAAUCUUAGAUUCGCAAAUCUCACUGCACGGCUUGUUUUUCUUUUCAGAUGUGUCUAACUGGGUAGCUUCGCAACAGAACUAUGUCAGCGUUAUGGGAAAUGGCUGGAGUUCUGGCUACACUUGUCAAACAUUUGCGCGAAGAGCGCGUUCAAGCUGUCACCUUCCCACAUGUCCUGAAUCCUCGCAUGAACACUCAACAACGAUAAAGAGACGAACAAGUUUAACCCAUACGGUUGCGUCAGUUUUACCCGGGGGGCAACUAAUGGUUGCUCCAACGGAAAGAACGUUUCUCGCAGAUUCUCCUAAAAGUGGGAAGAAAAAUGGAGAGCCUAUGGACGAUUCCAAACCUUACGAGGGCGAUGACGAAACAGAGAUAGACCUGUCAGAUUUUGAUAUCAUAAAGGACGAACCUUUUGUUCGCGUACGGGAAUGGCUGAAUUCUCAAAAUGAAGACUCCCCCGGAGAGGACAGUAGCGAUGAGGAAGGGAACUCUGCGAGUAAAUCCCCGAGGGAUAUCCGCAUGAGAGACUAUGAUGUUAUUAGUGUACCGUGUUCUGUUAAACCUCAAAAUAGCGUUUCGUCUAGGAGUAUCGGUUACCAUAGUGAAUGCGAAGGUGACGUAAGCAAAGAGCAAGAUGAAGAUAAAAAUUCUGACUUUACUGUGCUUCAUUCAUCGAUUGGUGGACUUGAUUGGAAAGAUCGUGAUGAUCUGUCGUCCUCUUGUGACAGUCUGCAUUCAGCGGCUCUCUUCUUGACAUAUGAUGUCGUGGAAAUGAUAGAGCUGCGUUACAACAAUGUUGUGUGACCACCUGCGAUCAAGUGUUACGUGACACUAUCACAAGGACGGCGUCCACGUGUCGUGAUUUGGCAUUACGUUGCGUUACUUUAGCCUCAAGUUUGCGUGACCAAGCUGAAUGGUACAUGAUGUUAUUGUCAGAAAAGUACUCCAUAUACGAUAAUAUCAAUUCAAAAUGCAGGGAUUGAAUUGUGAUAAAAAAAAUACAAGCACGACAGAAAAAAAAAACAUAAUUCUAGUUUAUCUAAAAACUGAUGCUGACACCAUGUGGUUGUCGAUGAGUCAAGUCAAUGAUACGUAUGAUAUUCAUACCAGUUGCUGUAGUAUCAGUUUUAAACAUCCAAAAUUAUUCCAUGUUUUUUUACUUUUGUCGAGCUGCCGUUAACAAUCUUUUCGAAUUAAUUGGUGAGAAAUAUUUUUGUACUCCGUUAUAAUUUUUUUCACACUAUGAUCUACAAGAAGCCAAGAGUUAUUGUACUAAAGUCACAUGAAAUCAAAUUCUGGAUGACCAGCUAGUGUAAAAAUUUUCUAAUUUGCUGGGAAAAACGCUUUAACAACUAUAUAUGGACACAAUAAUAUAUUCCUUAAAUGUACAAUGGAAACAUCAGUUUGUGGUAUUUUUCACUUUUCGAAUAUAAACAAAUAAAUAUAAAAACCCAUGAAAUUUAACUUUGUCCUUUGUUAGUAAGUGCUUGUGAGUAAAAAAAUAGAACUGCAAUAGGGAAAUCGGACUAAAGCAAAUCAGUGGUUGGCCAUCAACAUUAUUGCUCUUUGUGUUGCCAUGCAGUGCUAGCUCAGUGCUGCUCCCUAGAAGGAGCUAGAAGGAGAAUUGCGUGACGCCGUUGUCUCAUUCAAGUUCAGUUCUUAACGUCAGUAUCGUCGCCUGCGUCACAGACGUAAAACAAACCCCGCUUUAGUUUCGUCUGCAGCGCAGGCUACAGAAUUGUCGCACAAGUCUUUGCUACAAACAGCAACAGCGGCCUCUGAGUGUGCUCACUGUAAUCCCCCAGCGUGAUGUUCGCUUUCGUUUCUAGUCGAUCCAACCAGGGGCAACCGAUCAGCAAUUUGCCACUUUCGCAUUCCCCAUAACUUACCUCCAAAAUUGCGUAGUAAGGUAUUUCCUCGAAUAAGCGCCCGCGUUCUAAUAAGCGCCCUCCCCCGAGUUAGCGCCCACCCCCUUGAGCCAACAUAUCAAACAGGCGCUGAAAUUGCUCUAUAUGAAAUUUUUCUCGAAAGUCAAAAAUUUUGAACAAAGAGAAACCACCACCUUAUUUCUUACUUGUCCCUUAAUCCCCCCCUCCCCCCCACCUUCCCACACCAGACUCCUAAUUAUUUGCUCCUCUUUAUCUAUGGCCAUACCCUGGCGCGUCUUGUAUGUUUCUCCUGCUUGGCCGGCUGAAAAGGAGACGGAAACGACCGGCCAUUAACCUGCGUCCCCAGGCCCCAAUUCCCAAGGUGGCUAUCAACUCCAGUGAUACUUUUAUACUGCACGUAUAUUAUACAUAGGUUAUGCGUUGUAUUAUACGCGAACAUGCAACUUGGUGGCGAUCUACCCAACCACUAUUUGGGAACACAGAAUGACGGCACCCAGUGGGCUCCUGCUGUACCCCUUCAAAUCAUCACCCCAAAUAAAGGGCGGUCAUUCGGAGAUUUCAGGCUACGCAUGCAAUGUGACACACUUGGUUUCCCAUAUUGUCGGUGUUUGCCAGCCUUGGGGUUUUUAAGCGGUUCUGUGCGACGUUCGCUCGACACAAAGAGUAGAAUAUAUGGAUGGGAAAUUUGGCCUACUUCAGCUCUUACUUGACUAUCUUUUACAAGGUAAGCGAAUAACGUGAAAUAGUUGAGAUACACGCAUUUGAAAAUAAUUUUAUGUGUUUCCGGUGUUCUAGCUUUUGUUUACAACAGAUCAGAGAGACCACGGUGCAAUUUUUACGAUUAAGAAUCGAAAGCAAGAUGAAUAGCUAGUUUAGAUUUAUAGCUUCUAUGAACAUUCCAGGAGUUGUGCGAUGAGUCUUUUAUAAAAACAAAUGUAUGAGACAAAAAAGUAAAUUUACAUCGCAGGUAUUCAAUAUCAUUGCGUGUCGUGGGCGUCUUUGGGGGAGCGGUUGAUCCGGGGGGCCAACAACACUGCAACUUGGGCCAUGACGACUUGAACGGCACAAACCAAUAUAUCCAAAUUUCCCAACUUGAAAGUAAAAGUAUUCCGAAGCAGGUUUUAUCAUGCUGUUUGAAUAAUCUAAAGGAGAGAAACAUACACUUUGUCUUCAACAUAAAGUGUUUGGUUUAGAGAAACGUCACUUGGAGUUAUAGCUUGACCCCCUCCUUCUUACGAAAAAUAAUUGUUUUUAUUAUAAUGGCGUUGUUAAAAAGAUCGAAAAAGCUAUGACUAAAAUCAUAGCGAUUUUGCCCAAUAUACUGGCCUCGUAAUGUCCCUUUCGUUAUAAAAGGAAGCCUAGCAUAUAAAAGACGGUCAUGUCAAAGGUUGAUCGGUAAAAGGUAAAAGGCAAUCAUAUGAUCAGAGAAUGUUGGUUUAUAACCCGGGGGGUACUCAUGGGAAUUCUUGUUGGGGGUGUGCCGCCCAGUUCUCCAAAUCCUAAGUCUAUUUCAGACUAAAACCUUGUUAUUUUCCACACCAGUUUUCAGACUUAGCGUAAGCAGAAUUAUGUUAUCAUUACUUAGAUUAGAAUACCAACAAAGAGAUAUCUUAAAAUCCAUUUCGAAUUCGCAUAUUUCUCUUUCUUUCUUACUCAUUUGGAAUUGAAACAACAAAUACGUUCAAGCAUUCCCUCGAAAACCAUACCCGAAUUCAGACCUAAAAAGGCAAAGUCUAUACCCGUUUUCAGACCAAAAUGGCGCAAAAACCGUAUCCUUUAGGGUGGCAAUUACCUAUAAAGCAGUUAUAAGGGAGUACCUCCCCCCCCCCUCCUGUGGUCUACACCAAUUGUUCUGUAGCCUUAGGUUUAUAUUGCGGUUCUGUGCUACAUACCGAUUAGUUCACUCGACUCAAAGAGUAAAAUGCGUAGAUGGGAAAUUUGGCCUACUGCAGUUCCUACACAACUAUCUUAUGGACGGUAAGAGAAUACAGUAGUGACAAGUGAACCCUACAUGAUUGUUUUCGGUAUCUUAACUUCUGUUUUUAGCAGAUCGCAGAUUGGAAAACAGUGCAUGAUCUUGUAAAAAUCCAAAGCAAGAUAAAUUACAUGAGUUGAGUUGAGAUUUAUUUCCGCGACAAUAACAGGAGUUAAGGGUGAUACUACGCUGAUAAAGUUAGGUGAAUGAGACUAAUUAACAAGAGUAAAUUUCCAUCGCAGACGCGGAAAAGUAAUUUUAUGAGUUGCGUGGGCGUACCCGGGGGAGCGGUUAGUCUUGGGGGUGGGGGGUAUAAUAACACUGCAACUUGGGCUAUGACGACUUAAAAGGCACCGCUCCUGAAGGCACAUACUGAUAAUUAUAAAUAAGUUCAAAUUUCCCAACUUAAAAGUGAAAGUAUCCCGGAGCAUGCAGUAUGAAUAAUCUAGCGGAAACAUACAAUUUGUCGUCAACACAAAGCGUUCUAGUCGCUCGGAGUUAAAACCGCCCCCUCCUUCUUUCCAUGAAUAAUUGUUUUGCCUUGAUGUCGUUGCUAAUAAUCAAUCCCUGACUAAAAUCAUAGUGGUGAUACUUUAAAUACCGAUCCUAAUAUUUACUUUUCGUUAUUUGUAAAAGGUAUAUGGCUAGCAUUUAAGACUGCCGAAGGUUAAUCGGUCAUAGGUAACAAAUAUCCGUUACUCCACAAUAACCUUUUGAAUGCUGCAAUGUUUAGUGGUACGUGAAAAUAAUAUCCUAUAGUAUAUAAAGAGGUGUUCUCUCUUAGUCCAGAAGAAAGAAAGUCGAUGUACUUUUCUUAGUCUUCUCUAAAACAGCAACUUAGACUGCGAUCAGUCUUCCUUUUUCUUCAGAUUUAAUAAGGGAAGUGCACGCGAGCGCGUUCAGUCACGCGCCUUCAGUCACGCACGUGGUCAUUUGCGUGUCUCGCGCGUUUUGCUCGACGGACCGAGAAAAAAGAGAGACUGCUCGUAGUCUAAGAGGAACACGACGGAAGAUGACUUGUUGGUUUCUCCGGGGGUACUUCCCUAUAAAAAUGACAGGGGUGCUCCUGGUAUUUGUUCCCCGGCGAGCAGUGGUUUUUCCAGGCCGAAGGGAGCGAGAGAAUCUUUAGAGUGACACAACUCGCCUGCGGUUCGUGGUUCCACGUAAGUUUUAAACAUUUUGGCGUCACUUCAAUGGUCCAUAAAAGAACAGACCAUGGAAAAUUGUUGUUGAUUUGUUAAAUGGAGAAGCCAGGGGGACGAGGUUACUUUGAAGGGCGAAAAUGACUCCGAGUCUUCCAACAAAACGUGAGCUGAAUAAACGAAGAAAGAUCGUUUUUAUUGGGGUAUUUUCGAGAAUUUCCAACAAAAAUUCCCUUUAUUUAUGCAUCAGUCAAUGCCAGCUGUGCCCAGCCUCCCCCGGGCUACUGCGGGGCGAUUUGUCCGCAUUGUCAGUCCCGGGGGUGGGGCAUUAGCAAAGUUGCGCUGCCCGGGGGUUGGGCAUUUGUCAACCCCGGGGCCACCCUCUAACAUUUGACACGCACGUGGCUUCCUAUCCGAACAUAACUACACAGUGGAUUUUUCUGGAAAAAAAAAGCAGAUCGGCUCAUCUCUCAAGGAUGUGAGAAAAUUGUAGAGGGUAGUAAAGACAUGUUCUCGAUUUUAUGCAUGCAUUUCUUCAUUGCUUAUCAAUCCGGAAUUACAUAGCGAAAUCGGGAGCUAUCGACGUGAAUCAGCGUUGUUUUGGUUAUGGAAUGAAGUUAUGUGAAGAGCAUCCUUUCAAAUAUUUAUAAAACUAUUAAGAACAGAAAACUUUACAGCACACUAUUAAUGUUAAUGACAAUAAUUUUAUAACAAUCCUAAAACCAUAAGCUGGUGUCUUCGCGGCGUGAUGUCUUAAUUAGAAAGGCAGACGUUAAAUGAAACAAAAAAUAGCACAUUAAAAUGUUUAAAAUGUUAAAAAUAGCGCUACUUGACUGUGUUGAUGAAGGAUGGGGCAUUUGCCCUCUUUUUGCGUCCCCAACCCGGGGGAUUUGACAGCUCAACAGUCCCAGCCCUUGGGAAUUUGCCAUCCAAGGCAAAAAAUGCUAAUGCCUGCGGGUAAACUCCGAGGGGGAGUGGAGGGGGAGGUUGGGCGCAGCUGGGAUUGACUGAUGCAUUAUACUGGGGAAUUAUUCCCCGCGGCUUGGUAGCCCGCGAACAGCCGCCCCGCCCCUCCCCUCAAGCAAAACCGGGGAGAUGUUUUUUAGGGGCGGGAGGCGACUGUACACGGCUUGGUUAUUCUAAUAUAGAGUGUUAGUCAGGGCUAAAAGCGAAGCUCUCUUUAAUACUUCUAGAGUCUUUAUAGUUUCCUCAAAGAAAAUUUAAAAUCGAAUAAAACUAAAGACCAAGCAACGAGAACGGUAAAAAAACAACAAUUAACAAAAACAACAACUUUGCACGUGCCGCACAGGCUUUUUUGUACAUUUCCAUGCCGUUGUUUUGCACGACUAAAACGUGAAACUUCUUUUAAAUUCCUAUUUACACGUUUUAUGGAGGAAAUGUUUGUGUUCCUGUUCGCUCUGUUUUUUCCCUGCCGCUCAUUUUCACUUUGGUAGCCGCUAGCAUUUCUCACGUUCUUACCGCCACUAUAUAAUUUUUAUGAUUUUCUUCCAACGAAAUUGGUCUCCGUUGUUAUUUAUUUCUCGUUCUAGCUCCUUCCCUGUUAUCUAGGUUAAUGUAGACAUUAAAAUUUAGUGGAAAGAAAGACUCGGUUUUUUUUUGUUUUGUUUUCUCUCUCUCUCUAGAAGUCCGGGCGGCCAUGUGUGAUUUAUUGCCGAAACGAGCGAGGUGCUUGAAUUACAAACUUUCACCUAAGCUAUAGCAUACUCCUCCCUCGACGGGCUGACGUCUGACUCCCUUCCCCUCCCCCAGCGUCUGUACGGACGGGAGGUCGUACGCUGACGUCAUAACCAAAUUUUCUCGGAUGGAUAGAUUACCAAAUUUUCUUAGCUAUGGGGCUUCGCUCCGAGGAGCUCCGCUAUUAGUGAAUUCAAGGCUCUGGAGGGCAGUUAACUGAAAAUUGAAUUCGUUAGUCGUUGCUACAAUGGAGGUAAAAAGUGAAGUUGAGUUUUGAGCACCGUGGGUGGAAAUGAUUGCUUUUUUGGCCAUAACAUUGGAUGAACCAUUGCUGGGGGACUAGGGGGAUGACAGGAUGAACCCUUGCUGGGGCAGUGGAGGGACGACAGGAUGAACCAUUACUGGGGGGAGUGGGGAACAACAGGAUGAACGAUUGUCGGAGGGGUGUUUGGGGACGACAGGAUGAACCAUUGCUGGGGGAGCGAGGGAAAUACCCGAAAAUUGUCAUUGGGAGUAGAGCGCUAUCUAACAGGCUUCUCCACACAGUCCCAAGUUCCUUUGUCCCCCAUCGUAGUCUCCCAAGUGGUCGUUUUUGUCUCGUCACGUUACGCUCCAGGGCCCAGUUGUUCGAACGCUGGUUAGCGUUAACCCGGGGUUAAAUUUAACCACGCUUUCUUUUUCUUUUUAUCAAGAGCACUCUCUCGGAUAAUCUCUACUCUUUUUAAAGUAUCCAAUCAUCAAUUUGUAGGCAAAGAGGAUUAAACUGAAUUUGCUUUUUAAGCUUUCAUAUUUGAGUUCAAAUUUCGCACUAACUUGGGUUAUCUUAACCUGGUUUCGAACAACCCGGCCCAGAAAAUAGGACGCGGCUGUAGCUCUGAUUAACUAAAAUCUAGAAAGGAAUGUGGUUGGAACGUGAGCAGCCUUUUUUUAUUUGGAUCAACGCUGUGUGACUAGACAAAAAUGGCUGCGUGUGUGUGGGAGAUUAUACAUGACUAUAGAUUAAAACAAAUUUUGAAUGCAAGGAUGGCAAUACGGCAAAGGGCUCAUUUAGUGACGUCUGGCAUUAGCAUCUCUACAUUAGAGAUCCGGCAAGAAAGAACCAGUCGGUUUUAUCUACGCGUUGAGUGGACCUCCGCAUUCAAAGGUUUUGACUAUAGAUGUUGCCGGAUGCGUCUCUUCCGGCAUUGUUGCAUGAGCUCAUGCACUCGCGAGGUAGUUAAAGUUUUGUCAGCUCGAUUUCUUUUUCACCUCGAUAUAAACGUCUUCAUAACUUUAUCCAUUUAGAGUGAAAAAGAUUUUUCAAUGCGAUCGAAACUGUGAGAGGUCAAAGUUAUUGUCUAAAAUGUUUCUCUUCAUUAUGCAUGCAAGAAUUCUGAUUUGAUUUUGAUACCAGUUGCGACAGCGACUGAUUAAACGGAUUCAAGAAGGUCAGGUCGCUAGACCUGGCUUGAGUUCCACUCAGAAACUCAAACAAAAACAUACAACAAGGUACCGCAAAGUUUAUCUAUGUAUGGUACAAGGGGAACGUCUUUCUCAAGGCCAGCAGGCCAGCCCUAUGGAAUACUGGUAAGCAAGAGAGAAUCAUUUACUUGACAUAUUGCAUAGAAUCAGCUAUCAUCAUCAUCAUCAUCAUCAUCAUCAUCAUCAUCAUUGUUCGACUGCCGCUUAUGGCUACCGUAACUUUUAUUGCGUUAAAGAUACUGCAUAAAAAAGAUUGGUCUCUUUGUUAUUAGCAGUAUUAUUCCUUUCUGCAAUUUGCCACAAUUCCAGAGAUUAUGAACGGUGAUUUUGACACAGAUCUUUGGUUUAGCCUCAAUGGCAUGCUUUCGAAACGGGGAGGAUAGAAAUCGUGAUAGCAGAUAUAGUACUUGUAGAGCUGAUCAAGUUCCCCUUUCCCCUACCUCUUAAGCACGCUAUGUCGUGUAUAUACAAACAAAAAAACAAACAAACAAACAAAAACCUUGAUUUUCAAAACUUCCUCACAUCACCUACUGCUAAAAGAUUUCUGCUUAGCUAAUAAACUAGUAACAUAAUAGGGUCAUCGUGCGUGAUGUGCUUUUGACAUUCUAGCUAUUUACCUUGAACCCGCUCCACGUGCACACCUAAUGGGUCAAAUAUUUAUCUUCUCUCUCAAUUCUCUCGUAACUUCUCUCUUUCCAAAUGUAAAAUUGGAGCGGGGAACGCCAGAUUAGCUUGUGCCGCGAUUUACCGCUGGAACGAUUCAUACCACUAAUAUAACCCAGGGUAAGGUAGUGAUUUUGUUUUCUCCCUCAGUAUUGCAUCCUAUUCCGGGAGAAUUUUGUUCAUCGCUUGCCGGAACUGCUGAUUAUCUUUCUUCUCACGAAUGCAAAGAAAACAUCACCUGAAAUUAAUGUAUAUUAGCGCAAGAAAAGUCAAUUCUUCUUUCCUCCGCAAUAACAUCGCUUAUACAUGUAUUUCAUUUGGCCAAACCAAUGUGACUGAAGAGUUUUUACCACACAUCCUUCAGUUUUUGGCGAUACUGUCUCUUUUUGAACGAAGGUCAACCAAAUUUACUUACAUGCCAUAAUUCAUGCCACAUUUUAAGGGCGGGUUGCGGUGCUGUGCUUUGUUGGGUUCUGUAGGAAUUUUUACUGUUUUUACAUCUUUCCCGUGACUUAGAAAUGGUGAGCGCAACUUGUUCCCGUCUCAAAAAACUGCAACCAUCGAGUAAAUUAGUAAAUUAGUUUGAGUUUUAGAGUCACGCCAAUAUUGUCUGAUACAUGCAACGCACUCAAGCGUAACUUGGCAAACAUAAACCACGAGCUCUACACGAGCCCGUUAAGCCUACACUGAGCAUCUUUCACGGGGCAUAGGAAGAUGGCUCCAGAAAGAAAAUAUUUUGAAAAUGAGGUCGAUCGAAGGGACAGGCUAUAUUGGUUUUGUUUUCACAAUUCAACCAAUGUAUAUAUCUUAUUUAACAUCUUAGCUCAUCUUAUACAUAAAUGUAAAAAAAUAGAGCCCCCUUGAGAAGUGUAGCUUCCUAAUGUUGAAAAUCAUGAGGGGAUGUUCCGCUAGACAUCACCUGACUGGAGACCACCAAUCAAGAUUGCGCACGGAAAAAAAGAUGUAGUUCCCUCCCGGGGGGACUCCCAUAUGAAAGGGGCGGGGGUGCUCGUCGGAAAUUUUGAAUUAAACCCCUAAAGGAGACCAAUCUGAGCGUGGCCCAGCCUUUUCUUUUACCGCUAAAAGCGACCAUUUUAAACUUUGAUUACAUGAAUCGAGUAAAUAAAACGAGUUGAAAAUAUAGAACUUUUUAAUAUUUCUUCGAGUGUAACCCUAAAAGAGACCUUUACUAUACGGCUAAAUAUAAUGGUGUUUUGCCCAGAACACUCUAAGCGAGGCCAAAAUUAGCCUGCGUAGCAUGGCGGUUUUGGUUGUAAUAAAGGCGGGCGCGCAGCUUCGCCGCUCGUACGCCCGGCUUGACAAAACCGCCAUGCUACGCAGGCUAGGCCAAAAUCUGAAAUUUACACCCCUUAGCAAGACGACCAGCAUCCCCGCCCUUUUCAUAUGGGAGCCCCUCCCUGGGACAAAAUUGUCAAAUUUAUACAAUUAGAGAGGUUCGCUAUGAACAAAAAGAAUAUUUUCUAACUCACUUGUGAUGAAAUUUACACCCCUUAGCAAGACGACCAGCAUCCCCGCCCUUUUCAUAAGGGAGCCCCCCCCUGGGACAAAAUUGUCAAAUUGUACAAUUAGAGAGGUUCGCUAUGAACAAAAAGAAUAUUUUCUAACUCACUUGUGAUGCCAUUUCAAUAAGAUUAUUGCUUUCAUCCACAAACAACCUUUAACACCAAUAAAACAAGAGUUACGUAAUCGCAGUUGUCGCAGUUGAAGAGCACAAAAGAGAAGGACUGGAUCGACAGUGACAUACGAUCCAAAAUGGCUGGGUAUGCAACUUAUCACAUCUUCGCAAAUUACCUAUGUCUGGUGUGACUGGAGAGACGAUAAUCGUUUGAUGUUGUUUUUUCAGGCUCCUGUGCCACCUAUGAGUAAAUCACAAGCAGGGUACAGGCUUUUCAAGCCAAGAUAUGAGUGGAGUAUGAUUAGAGACCAAGUGGGAGACUCCGCGUACAACGGGGUCAGUGAGCAGAAUAUUUAUAAACGAAUUACAGCUCAUAUAUUGUCGGCCGGCGUUUGGCCUUAAUUUUUGUAGCUUAGAACUGAAGUUCUGCUUUAAUUUUUUUUUGUAGUAUUUGGAGAUCGAAGUGAAGAAUCCUCGAACGCACAUCGAAAAGGAAAAGGCGCUGUACACCGACUAUGAAAUCGAAUUAAAAGUAAGCUUAAUUUUACUUCUGUUUUGGCUGUUGAUAAACACGAGGUCACGGUUUAUGGGUCAACUCGUUGUUUUUGUGAGGGAUGACUUUGAGUGUUUAUAAGUUAAAGACGAGCUCUUCUCUAAAUACACAAGAAGUGCAAGAUCGUCUAAACGUGCGCGCAGUGGAGCGGGAUGAAAUGAAAAGUUCUCACCACAACUCGCAUAAUAUAUUUAGAGAAUUUAGCUUCAAUGUUACAUUCUCGCCGCUUAAAAAGCAUUUUACGAGGGUAAAAGGAAACUUGAAACGGAUGCGGUUAUGUGUCAGGGAAUACAUGCCUAAUUGUUGGUAGUAUUUUGAAAACGAUCUAAGCUUAAGUUAAUUUAAAGUUUAUGUUUUCAGAUCAUAGCGUGUUGUAUUAAUGUAAAUGUACAUCUAUUUGUACAAUUUUUUUUUUGAAUAAUUGCCCAAGGGCCAUGUAUGGUUACUUGUGGCAUUUUAUUUGACAUGCUCAAGUUUUAAAUCAACAACUAGGCUUAAACACUUUUUAAUUUUUUAAAUAUUUUACUCUUUUGCAAGGUAAUGUCCUCAAAUUCAAUAGUUAAUCAUAACUAUAACAAAAUUCUCAAAUCUGAUUGACUAACAACUGACCUGAUUUCAGCACUAAUAAGACAGUGCUAUAGGACAGCACGUGUCAAGCUUAAGUAAUUAGACAGUGUGUGCCAUUGCAUGCACACACUUAAAUGGCUUCUUUCCCUGCUAACCAAAAAACACAUGGAAUUUCUUGUGUUUUAAUUUUAAAAUAGCCUAAAAUAUUACAAAUUUUGUUGUAGUUAAGAUUAAUUGGUUACAGAACUUUGUGUCUUCCAAUUCAGUCUGUAAUCAUACAAAUUGGACUCCCGCCACGUGGUUGUCUGAUUUUGUUAAUCACUCAUAUGAUUACAAACCAAACUUCACUCAGUCCUAUUAACCAUGAUUUAUUCAGGGACAGCUGUAAACUUGCAUAAUAAAUUCACUCUAAAAGUAAUAUUUAUACAUUUUGAUUUGGAUAUGUAUAUAUAUAAAGUGUUCUAAGCUUUGUGUCAUUUAACGGCAACCUGUCUUUGUCUUUGUGGGCAUUCAUUUCAAUACACACCACUAUAUUAAUUUUCAAAUACCCCAUAUUACAUUUAAUGUAACAUGGGUUAUCUGAAAGGUUGCUAAUAUACAAAGUAGGUGGGGAUAUAGGAGAAAAGAGGUAAGUUUCCAGGGGGGGGAAGGGGGAGUACUCCACGCCAUUUCGCUAUGGGGUGUUAAAAGACUGAUCAGGUUCAAGUUGUAAUCUGAUCACUUGUUCCGCUCAGUCAGUCAAGUUGCUGUUUUCAUUCCCUCCCUCCCACCUGGGGACUUCUCUCCAGUCCUCAGGGCCUUGACUUGGUUUGUGAAGUAUGUGGGGGACAUCCGGUUUAUUACAUUCAUUUACUUGUUGUUAUAUUUUCACAGACUAAUAACCCCACAUUUCCAUUGUUACACUCGCGCAUACGGAGAAGAUAUUCGGAAUUUGUUUGGCUCAAAAACAAGCUUGGACUGGAGGAUGUUGUAUUCAAGUACGUAAUGAAUCGGAAAUAAAACUAUUAGAUUUCUUGGCACGGAGGCAAUACAUUAUCUGUCAUCAAUGUUACAGUUAUUUAAAUUUUUGCAAGCAAAGUUUUGGCAGUUUUCGGACGUGCAAUGAGUCAAAAUAUUACAUAUAAUUAUGUGUUUUUCCGUUCUGUAGUGAUGCUCCAAAACUUCCUAAGAAGCGGGUUAUUGGACGAUUCAAAGAGAAUUUUUUGUGGCGACGCCAGGAGGGAUUACAGAAAUUUUUAAAUAGGUUUGUUUCUAUGUUAACUGUCAAGUUUCAGGGCUGAUAUUAAGAGGCGUGGCCAGGGGGUUUCUCUUCCGGCUACUAAGAACGUGGCCCCGGCUAAUUUCAUAGGAAAAUAAAAGAAAUAUAGAACCAAAAGAAAUCCCUAGCUAUUUGAUUCCCCGCCUACUUGUUGUAUUUAGCCAGCAACUUGAAAUCUUAGUGACAGCCCUGCAAGCCUUGUUUUCUUUGUGCAUUUAUACAUCUGUUAAACCAUAAGUUUGUAAAUUCAGCACCGUGAAACAUCCGUAGUGGCAAGAGGAGGGAGGAAAGAUGGCUGUACUACCUAACAACAGUUAGAGUGUCCAAUCUUCUGAGUAUAUAAAAUCAGGAUUCUCUGUAAUCAUCAAAGAAUCAAUCAAUCACGUGAGUGCCAAAGGGGAGAGGGUUCAAGAGUCCUGCUCCCCCAGAAAGUUUUGAGGUCUUGAUACUCUGAAACACCAUUUCUAAUGUUCUGAGAGGACAAUUUCUGUCUAAAGUGUUCGCUAAAUCAAUGGUAAUUUUCAUGCUCAUUUUUAUUUUCAUGUCUUCGCGUACAAGUACUUGAUUUUAUUUUAUAUUUUCUGCAGUUUUUUAAGUUUUCUUGAUAUCAGUUUCAGUUAAGUCAUAUGGUUAAGUUUCUCUGUUAGGUGUUCUUGUAUAAGUAUCAUAAGAAUUCAUCAGAAAAUAUCAUAAAAGAUGUCAACAUUGGGAUUUUUCCUAUCCUGAUCGCAUAUCGGUUGGGAUUUGGGAUUUUCAAGCAAUAUUGAUUGGGAGAAAUCCCAAUGGGAUUGGGGCCGUUUGGACAGUCUGAGCAGUUAGCUUAGGUUUCAAAACACAGAUUUUUGUGAUAGUUUUGUUAAGCAUGAAUGCCUUUUUUUCACAGACUUGCAAACAUUACUGUGUUUGUCAACCAUCCAGCCUUCCUGAUAUUUGUCCAGACGACACUGACAGCAAAACAAAUGGACUACUACCUCAAAACCCGUACCCCUGGUGGAAUCCGGUCACUUAUAUUAAGGCUGCAUGACAAAAAACUAAAAGAAGAGGAAAAACAACACAGACCAAGAACAAAAUCUAUAAGCGCUGAAUAUCCACCCACUGAAAAGUAAGGAGAGCUUUUUAAAAUCAUUGUCAUUGUUAUAUAGUAUAGUUUGUUGCCCACCAUUGGGAUACUCAACAAAUUUUUAUAUGGGAAGGCUCCGCCUGAGGUCCAACCCCUUACCUUUCAUAUACCUGUUUGACAGAAAGGGUGCCCCUUUUGCGUACCUUCUAUUAUUUUAUUGACGAAUGGUACCCCUUUCACUUACCUAUCUUAGAACUUGGCAUCCCUUUUAACUCCUGCAAAUGUACUGUUUUAAAAGUAUGAACAAAUCAAAAACCCAGAACUUGUUCUUGACCUUUUCACAGCCAUAAAAUGCAUCUGUAAGCCCUUUUGGGCCUUUUUACAAACCGAAAUGACAGAUUUCCCUACCCUUUCAUGUACCUGAAGCCUAAAAAAGGUACCCCUUUUGGGCGGGGCCUCCCCACAUAGGCCAUUAUAGGGAGUACCCCCCCCCCCCACCCUUUAGGGGUGUAAUCAAUAAUAGUUUUCUUCUUUGAUUCUGUAAAGGACAUCUUUCAUUUUAUCAUUAAUUUAAGGUCACAGUCAAGAAAGAGCACUUCCUAUGGCAAGGGCUGGUCUAGUUAUCAUGGUGAUUGUUUGUUUACAUUUGAUGAAGAUUUUGCAGAUGUUGAUGAUCCGGGUAUGUUUCAGUCACUCUCAGUGGAGUCCAUUUUUUUAACAGAGUUAAAUGAGUCUUACACACCACUGUUGAAAAUAUUGCAAUUUUCUGUAACUAGCAAAAGGGCUCCAUGAAAAAAUAUCCGCUUAAUAUUUUUCAAAUUGUUGAAAGCAUAUGAAAGCUACAAUAAUUGUCCAUGGCUUCUCUUGCCAUAAGGAAACAUACUGUUGUUGGGGGUAUGUAGACCUCUCCCUUAGUUAAACCCAUCAUUUUGAGGAUAGAGAAGAAAGCCCUUAUUUUACCAUUUUAUUUGCACUUGUCUUGGUCACUUUUGCAAUUUCAACCAUUCAAGCCAUCUUUGUGUCCUUUGUCAUCAUACCAUCUGUCUUGCAUUGCUGUUUCAAGGCCAUGUCUCUUGUCAGAAUGUUGCCCUAACAGGACCUCAUCCCCAAAAGCGUGAAUCUUUCUAACAAGAUAAACCUCAAGCAAAUCAAAUAUCACAAGGCUGACCAAAGUGAUUUUUAUUGUAAGAGCCCAAAAGCACUAAGCUAUAAAGUGAAGGUUAGGCUGUGGUCCAGCAGCACCUGGUGACCCCUGUCGCCUUAGCUCCUUAUGUUCAUGCUUAUGCUUACCGGUAUGUCUGUGUUGCUAAUGAGUAGGAGGCUUACUGAUUUACCUUUCCUUUACCACAGAGCGUGGAGACUUCAAAAAAGUUAGGAGCAUUAGUUGUGUCGCAUAUCCCACUGGCCUCUUGACCCUUCCUACAAUUCCUGGCAGUAGUGAAGAUGGCCUGGACAGCAUGGACGGCAGUAUGUCAAACACUGAUCCCGAAGAGGUAAAGGAACAUCCCCUCAGCCAUAGCUGGCAUGGAACCACUAGGGAUGAAAUUGACCUUGUUUUAGAAGAAUAUGAAAUCAUUCCACUUGAUUCCAUUUCCCAAGUGGUAAUUGGUGAUGAUGAAGACAGUGAGACAUUUUCUGACAUGGACGCAGACUAUGUGGAUGUUUUUAAUCCUGACCUCAGAUGUGGCAGCGACCAUCGGUUUGAUUACUGAUUUGAUAAAUAAUGUUAAAAGCUGUGUACUUACA